AAUUCACAUCAUUUCCGCGACACGGUCAUUUGAACCUCGCUUCCAUCUUGGCUUCUCCAUUGUUGCUAGUCUGUUCUAGUAGGUCUUGAUCGCCUGUCAGUGCGUUUAGAUCAGGUUAGGUUGUCAUCUGACACGUAAACAGCCUUCGAGCACUCCGAGAUCACCACUUGAAUUUGAACCGACUCUCCGUAUAUGAAAGUCUGAACAAAAAUGGCUCGCUAUUUCCGAGAAGAAGAUAUAGAUGAAUUCAGGGAAUGUUUCUACCUGUUUGCCAGAAGUGGUCAAAUUAAAACACUCGAUGAACUGACAAUCAUAAUGCGUUCAUUGGGCUUGAGUCCAACAAUUGCAGAGCUAAACAAGUAUCUGAAAGACAAAGGUGGUAAAAUGUCCUUUGCUGACUUCCUUGAAGUUAUGCAUCAACAAACAAGGGCAGAGGAUCUGCCUAAAGAAGUAAUUGAAGCAUUUAAGGCUGCGGACACUUCUAGGAGCGGUGCAAUUCCUGCUAGACAAUUAGCUCACAUGCUACUUCACUGGGGAGAGAAACUUAGCGCUAAAGAAGUGGAACAAAUAUUCAGAGAAGCCAAUGUUUCACCCAAUGGACAAGUUAAAUAUGAAGACUUUGUAAAGAUUGCUUGUGCUCCGGUACCUGACUAUUAUUAAAAUCGAGUUGAAAUAAUUUUUUCAAUUUUAAUGCUCGGUUGGUAUCUAGAGAAAAAAUUUUAUGUUACUACACAGUAUUGUAAACGUACUUAAUGGACAAUUGCAAAUAAUUGACAAUAUUUUAACACUCUAAUCAUGGUGAUUGGUGCCUUACAUGUAUUUAUAUUCUGCACAUUUAUGUUUUCAUGUAAUAACAGUGACAGCAAAUAUAACUUAUAUUAGUAUCUGA